AAAAAAAGAAUGCCUCCACCGGGUUUUAACCUGCAGAAUCUCAGUAAUGAAUCCACCAAAAAAGACGAAACAGGCACUCUUGAUGUCCCUUUGAAAUUCUUGGAUCAGGACUACCAGGAGAUGCAGAAGAGCUGCAUCACCAAUAAGAUGAGAUUUGUUGAUGACAAGUUCCCUCCAGACGGUAGCUCCAUUGACCCAAAGAAAAAACUUAAACUGGAUCUGGACCAGAUCAAGUGGUUGAGACCAUCAAAUAUAGUGUCAGACCCUCAACUCAUUGUACAGGGGGCAUCUAGGUUUGACUAUUCCCAAGGAUCUUAUUUAGGGAACUGCUGGUUUCUUGCUUCAGUUGGGGCUUUAACAUUUCAGAAUGACAUCAUGGACCAGGUCAUGCCAGCUGACCAGUCAUUUGGUAAAGAUUAUGCAGGGAUAUUUCACUUCAGAUUCUGGCGAUUUGGGAAAUGGAUUGAUGUUGUCAUUGAUGACAAACUGCCAACAAUCAAAGGACAGCUCAUUUUUGUUCAUGCAAAAACAUCUAAUGAGUUUUGGCCUGCCUUACUGGAGAAAGCUUAUGCCAAGGUGUGCGGCUCCUAUGCUGACAUGCAUGCUGGUUGUGUAUCUGAGGCUCUGCUGGACUUCACCGGUGGCAUCCAUGUGUACUUCAAACUGAAACAAACUUCCACUGAUUUGUGGAGCCUGAUGGACCGUGCAGUCAAAGCAAAGGCCCUCAUGGGCUGCAGCACUUCUCGUGGGGAUACAUCUGCAAACACAGUAUUACCCAAUGGCAUCGUUCAAGGCCAUGCAUAUACAGUGACAGGGGUUUUCAAGGUUACAUCUCAAGGAGAACCAAUAAAGCUGGUGAGAGUGUUGAACCCUUGGGGAAAAGGCGAGUGGACUGGUGCCUGGAGUGACAAGUCAUUAUUGUGGAACAAUGUGAGUGAAAGUGACCAAUCCAAUUGUCGUUCUUUGGCCAUUGAUGGGGAGUUCUGGAUGUCAAUGGAGGACUUCACUGAAAACUUCAAGGACAUUGAUAUUUGCUGCCUCAGUCCUGAUUUUCUGAACAGUUCUUCUAAAUACAGCUGGACUUCCAUGUGCUAUUAUGGCAGCUGGGAUGCUGGGAGUACAGCUGGUGGCCGCCCCAAUAAUAAAGAGACUUUCUGGACAAACCCUCAGUUUCGGGUGAGGAUUGAGAAGCUUGAUGAGGAAUGUGCUAGCGGCCAGUGUCCUGAAAACAUACUGGUGUCCCUCAUGCAGAAACAUGAAAACAGAUACAGAAGUCUUGUUUCUAACUACUUCAUCGGCUUCAGUGUUUUUGCGAUACCACCAGAGAUGAAAGAUGAGAAGUUCCCAGCCAAGUUCUUCUAUAAUAAACGUCCUGUGGAAGCUAGUGAGAAAUUUACCCAAGCAAGACAUGUGAUGAAAUUAUUCAAGCUUGAACCAGGAGAGUAUCUCAUUGUACCAUCCACUCUAAAUCCUAAUGAGUGUGCAAAAUUCAUGCUGUCCAUCUUUUUAAAGAGUGGAUCCCUUAAGAGGAAAUUAGAAAACCUAUCAUGAUGACAUUGUAUGAGAUCAUUAAGGAACAAUUAGUGAGGCAACCAGUGGAAAGACACCAGUGCAUUGAUUUUAUAUAAGUUAUUUUAUUUCUGUCAUAUUAUU